AUGCGUGUCUACAACCCACAGACUGUAACCGUCGCAUUGGAGAGUAAGAUUAUUGCGUCAUCUUAUGCAUCAUUAUUAUCAUGUUCAGAAAAAUCAAAUAAAUUUUCUCAAAACCGACAAUUAGAUAUUCUAAGUUCCGUAUUUCAUUUCGAUAAAAAAAUCAUUGCUGCUGUUAUUGAAACAACAGGUUCUACAUCAAAUUCUCAAGCAUUUGAACUUAUCUAUUCAAGUAUUGGCUAUUUUUCACAAACAACAUUAUUAAAUUUUCCGAAUGGACUUCCAAUAGAAUUUUGUUUAACAGUUGUAUUUUCAAUGAAAUAUGAGACGCUAUUAUUAAAUUGGACAUUAAUUCAAUUUGAAGAUGAAAAUUCUAACAUUCAAUUUUCAUUACAGUUUUAUGGAAAUAGACAAACGAUUAAUAUUAUCUUCUAUAGUGAUCAAAGAUAUACUGUUCAAAUUCCUCAAAAUGUUCAAUAUAAUCAAGAAAAUCGAGUUAGUCAAGUAACUGAAAAACUGAAAGAGAGUAUUUAUAAGGAACAAAAAAAAAAGAAAACACCGUAUAAGGAAUGCAGACAAAAAGGUGAGCCAGGUGAAAAUGGGAAGCAAGGACAAGUUGGAAAUACAGGACCAAUCGGACGCACCGGAGCAAAGGGAGAGACUGGAGAAAUUGGUUCACCUGGCAAAAAUGGUGUUGACGGGCAAAAGGAUAAGUCGACACUAAUAGAAGAAAUUCGAUCAAUUGUAAAUGAAGCGCUUGAAGAACGCCUCGAUUAUUUGAAAUUACGUUUUCGUGGACCACCGGGCCCCCGAGGUGCACGAGGUGAAGAAGGACCUCAAGGUCUACCUGGUUAUAUUGAUUGUUCAAGCUGUAUUUCACCUGAAGAUGGACAAUCCAUACAAGAUCUCGUUGACGAUAUGUUAAAUCGCGUCAUAAAUAAAGCGACAAAAAAAUUGCAAGACCGAUUGGAUACUUUGAAAGACGAUGAGUUUGCUCAACGUGUUUGGAAGAUGUAUAAAGAAUUUUAUCAUAAGGUGUAUAACAGUGCUGAAGAAGAAAAACAACGUUUUUCUAAAUUUAUCGAUAAUCUGAAAUUAAUUAUACGUGAAAAUUUUCGAUUUGACGAAGGUGUUAAAACUUUCAAACUAAGCUUGAAUCAAUAUGGUGACAUGGACUUGUCAGAAUUUCGUUCGAAAUUAACCGGUUUAUUAGGAUCGGGCAUCAGAGAAAAACGUCAUUUACGUCCGAAACGAUUUUUAUUCGAUAGUGUUAAGGAUAAAAUUAAAAAAAAAGUUAAUAAAAAAGUACAUGGAAACACCAAUAAUGAAUAUACAAAUUAUAACAGUGGUGGUGGUGGUGGUAGUGAUGCUCAUAGUUCAUCAUCGUCAGGAGGAUUUUUUUUUUCAAAAAAAACUAAACCACGUCAAAAGAAACCGUCAAGAACAUCAAAAGCAUCAGUGGAUUAUCGAAGGUAUAUGAAUCCGAUUGAAAAUCAGGGUCAGUGUGGUGCAUGUUAUGCCUUUGCUGUUACGGCGUCUAUUGAAGGAACAUAUUCACUGAAAAAAGGGUCGAGUAUCAGAAUGAGUAAACAACAACUUGUUGACUGCUCACCAAAUAAUGGAUGCAAUGGAGGUUAUUUGGGAGCAACAUUCAGUUAUAUUCAACAGCGUUCGGGUUUACAGUCAGAUUCAUCGUAUCCUUAUGCUAGACGUCAACAGACUUGUCGUUUAACACAAUCAAAAGUAGGAGCCAUUUCGAGUUAUGGUAAUAUACAACAAGGAGAUGAAGAAGCUUUAAAACAAGCAUUAGUAACCUAUGGCCCAAUAGCUGCAGCUAUUCACACAACAUCUGAUUUACAAUUCUAUGGACCUGGGAAAAGUACAAAUACACAAAAUAUUCUAGAUAUUCCUGGUUGUCCAAAACAAGUUGAUCAUGCAAUUACUAUUGUAGGAUACGGAACAGACAAUGGUAGAGAUUAUUGGCUAGUAAGAAAUAGUUGGGGUUCCAACUGGGGAUUGGAUGGUUAUUUUAAGAUUGCCCGAAACAAAAAUAAUAUGUGUGGAAUUGCAACAUACGGUUAUUAUUCAGUUAUAUAA